UGAAGAAAAUAAACAGACAACAACAUACGUAUAAACCUGAGCAUACAAACCAAAUCAGAGAAUUCAACAACGCACUUAUACGCUUAAGCAGUAAACAACCCGAAAAAAACACAAUGUAGCUAAGGCCGGUUUAAGCGACGGACAGUAGUGAACAUUCGACCGGUGAUCUGUGAGCAUUGCUGCGCUUUAAGUCAAAAAAGUUUUUUUUUGCAUGAAUUGCUUACUAUUUUGCUAAACUUGAUGGAUAUAUCGCAUCGCGUACGAGUCGAGAAGGCUCCCCAUCGGCUGGAGGAAGCACAUGUAGAACUUUUCACCCCUGGUGCCCUUCAGUUCCUGUAUGACCUUAUCGCCGAAUUUGAUGGUGAAGUUGAAAAGCUGCUGAGAAGACGAUUGGAGCGCAGAUUGUACAUUAAACAGGGAAAAUGGAAACCUGAGUUUCGGAAUCGCAGCGAGGAUCUGGAGUGGACGAUCGAGCGUUUACCGGCUAGGCUGCAGAACCGGAAGCUGGACCUUGGAGAUGUGAGUCCAGCGAAUACGACCAAUUUUGUUGAUAGUCUGUAUGCCAAAGUGCAAGGCAUACAGGUUGAUUUCGAUGAUGGCCAUUGUCCGACGUGGCGCAAUACGGUGCAGGGUUUGCAAAAUGUGAACAGAGCUGUUCGUGGAAGUCUACCGGGAGGUCCAGCCGAUAUCGGCCAGUGUCCGAUACUUAUGCUUAGACCGCGGGCCUUUAACAUGACCGAACAUCACUGUAUGGUUGAUGGGAAAGAAGUUAUUGGACCGUUGUUCGAUUUUGCAUUACUGAUUUACCAUAAUGCAAAACGGAUGGCCGAAGCAGAGAUUGGACCAUAUUUUUAUUUGUCCAAGAUUGAAGGACCUAACGAAACGCAGCUGUGGAAUAAAAUCUUCACAUGGACCGAGCAUCGUCUUCAGCUGUCGAAGGGAACCAUUAAGGCAUGCGUACUGAUUGAAAACAUACUGGCUGCCUACCGCAUGGAAGAUAUACUGCAUUCAAUCAAGGACCACGCCAUCGGAUUGAAUUGUGGCAUUUGGGACUAUUCCGCCAGUAUUAUUGCCAAGUUUGGUGAUAGCGCAGAUUUUCUGAUUCCCGAUCGAAAUAAGUACGUCAAUAUGGGUCAGCCGUUCCUAAGAAAUUACAUGAAACUAUUGAUAAAUGUUUGCCACAAGCGAGGUGCUCUUGCUACUGGAGGGAUGGCCGCUAAAAUAUUGCCACCUGGAAAGAGUGCAGGGAACAUGGUUGAUGAUAUUAUCGAUAGCGUGAAGUUAGCCAAAUCAGUUGAAAUCACUGCCGGCGUGGAUGGUUUUAUGAUCUAUGACCAACGGAUGAUCGAUGCCAUCAAUGAGUUGUGGCAGCAGAAAUGUCCUGCCGACAAUCAAUUGCGGAUCCUUCCUGAUGUUGAAUAUAUAACUGCUGAAAGUCUAAUCAAAAUUCCCGAAGGUGGUGUCACAAUGAAAUGCUUAGAACACAACAUAACGGUGGCCCUGCUGUUCAUCUACCACUGGUUCACCGGAAGUGGAGUGUUCUAUUUGAACGGAGCGGUGGAGGAUUCUGCAACGGCAGAAAUAUCCCGUUCGCAAAUUUGGCAAUGGAUACGUCAUCGAGCCUCUAUCGAGGACGCAAAGUCAGAGACGACAGCCGUUACUCGAGCACUGGUCUACGCAAUGCUGGAAAACGUUAUCUCUAAGGCGUACAAAUCUUGGUGUUCCUCAAUACCGGAUAGAAAGCGGUUACUUUCUUCCAAGUAUGUUUUGUUGGAAAUUAUCUCGGCUCGAGAAUACAUUGAGUACAUUACGACUUAUUUGAAUGACAACCACAAGUUUAGAACCUUGCACAAUAAGAAUGAUAAAUUGGAAUCGAAGUUGUGAAGAGGUUUAGGUAAUUGCUAGUAUGUUAUAAAUAGGGGAAAGCUUCAUUUCUAAUAUUGCCUAUGAACAGAGAUUAUAAAUCUGCUUGUUAACGGGUUUGGUAGGAGGUUUAAUGUACAUUCCUGCGGCAAUUUUUAUGUUUGAAUAACAUAUGAU